AUGGCGUCCCGGUCGACAUCGCAUCGGUUUCUGCGAUACGCUGCCACUGCCUCCGCGGUCACGGUUGUUGGGUCAGUGGCAUUGUACAACUUCCGGAGCCGGCGACCGCUCGAGAUAGAUUAUUCCAUCGUGCCAUCCUUCCUCGCAAAUCCGCCGCGAUUCCCGAAAAUAACACCUCGGAACGAGCAGAUCGCGGCCCUGAAAAAGAGCAGCAGUGCUAAUCCGGAUGCUGUUUACGAUUUAUUAGUGAUUGGCGGCGGUGCUACCGGGACAGGUAUUGCUCUAGAUGCAGCAACCCGUGGCUUCAAAGUCGCUUUGGUUGAGCGCGAUGAUUUCAGCAGUGGUACGAGCAGCAAGAGCACAAAACUUGUGCAUGGUGGCGUGAGGUACUUGGAGAAGGCCGUCAAAGACCUGGACUAUGAACAGUAUAAGCUGGUUUGUACGGCACUCAAAGAGCGGCGGUACUUCCUCGAUAUUGCACCACAUCUAUCGCAAUCUCUGCCAAUGCUACUACCAAUCAAACACUGGUGGGAGGCACCGUAUCUUUGGAUCGGGACGCAGCUGUAUGAUCUGUUGGCCGGCUCUGAAGGAUUGCACUCCUCGUAUUUCAUGCCACGUGGGAAAGCCAUCCAGGAGUUUCCCACGCUAGAUGCGAGUAGGAUUGUAGGGGGUCUGAUUUAUUACGACGGCCAGCAUAAUGAUUCGCGGAUGAACGUAUCACUAGCAAUGACGGCUGCCGUGUACGGCGCGACGGUGGCCAAUCAUAUGGAGGUGACUGCUUUGGAGAAGGAUGCAGAUGGAAUUAUAUGUGGUGUUAAGGUGAAAGACUGUCUUUCUGAUGACGAGGAGUUUCUGGUCAAAGCACGAGGCGUCAUCAACGCUACUGGGCCGUUUGCAGAUUCAAUCCUACAGAAAGACCAGCCCUCCAUGAAGGAGAUAAUUAUGCCUAGCAGUGGCGUGCAUAUUGUGCUACCUGACUGGGUUGGACCCAAAAGUCUCGGGCUCAUUGAUCCUUCGUCAGAUGGGCGUGUCAUAUUCUUAUUGCCAUGGCAGGGAAAAAUGGUGGCUGGAACCACCGACCAGGCGUGCAAGAUCGAGCAAGAGCCAAUUCCCGAGGAGGAGGAAGUAAACUGGAUUGUCGGGGAGGUCAACCGACUUUUAGCUCCAGGUGUUACCCUCAAACGGUCCGACGUGCUAGCUACAUGGUCAGGAAUUCGCCCCCUUGUUCGCGAUCCUACGGCAAAAAAUACGGAGUCCCUUACCCGUAGCCAUCUGAUUACCGUCUCUGACUCCGGUUUGUUGACCUGUGUAGGCGGAAAAUGGACAACAUACCGCGAAAUGGCCGAAGACGCCGUCGAUACCGCUAUCAAAGCAUUUGGACUAAGGCCGCAAGGACUAGGCUCAGUUCCUCACGUUGGUGGAUUUGAAGCGACUGCUGAAAAGAUUCUAGAUGGUUCUUGCCAGACUCAACAUCUGCGAGUCAUUGGUGCUCACGGCUAUUCCCCGAAACUUCGUGAUGAUUUACUCCAGCGUUUUGAAUUAACUUCCGAUGUAGCUGAUCAUCUGGCACACUCUUAUGGAGACCGUGCCUGGGAAGUUGCAUCACUCUCAUCAUCAUCUAAUUUGACCCAACGCAUUGCAGGGGACGACCUCCCGUUUGUAGAUGGUGAGGUGCGCUACGCAAUCCGCAACGAGUACGCAAUGACGGCAGCGGAUAUUAUAGGCCGACGCAUGCGUCUAGCUUUCAUAGAUGUGCAGGCGGCGCUGAAGGCCCUUCCUACUGUGAUUUCCAUCAUGGGAGAUGAAUUGAGGUGGAAUGAAAAGAGGAAACAGCAGGAGUUUAAAGAAGGAGUCAGAUUCUUGCGAUCUAUGGGAUUGCGAGAAGAAGUAGCCGUGUAA